AUGGUGAGCAGCGGCUGCUCGUCCCCGUGUGAAGUGUCCUGUCCCCAGCCCUAUGCCGACGCCUGGAACCAGCCCUGUGUCACCUCCUGCGGGGACUCCCGGGCUGUGGUCUACCCUCCACCCGUGGUCAUCACCUUCCCAGGGCCCAUCCUCAGCUCCUGCCCCCAGGAGAGCUUCGUGGGCACGUCCUUCCCGUCAGGGGCCAUGGGAUCUUCUGGGUCCGGGGGCGCCAUCGGGGGCUCCUACGGUGGUGGUUCCAUGGGGGGAAUUGGGGGAUCCAUUGGAGGUGGUUCCAUGGGUGGCUCCUACGGUGGUGGUUCCAUGGGUGGAUCCUAUGGAGGUGGUUCCAUGGGAGGAAUUGGGGGAUCCUAUGGAGGUGGUUCCAUGGGUGGAUCCUAUGGUGGCGGUUCCAUGGGUGGCUCCUACGGAGGGAGCAGAUCCUUUGGCUCUGGGGGCUCCUAUGGGGGGAGCAGAUCCUUUGGGGGCAGGAGAUCCUUUGGGGGCUCCUCGGGCGGUGGCUUUGGGGGCUCCUGCGGCGGGGGCAGCUCCUUUGGGGGCGGCUCCUGCGGAGGGGGAUCCUACGGAGGGGGCAGCUCCAGCUACAGGAGGUUUGGAGGAGGAAACUGCGGCUUCUAUUAA